UUCCCAGUUGACGUCCUGCUGAAGGCCGUGGGUGACACCCCCAUUAUGAAGACCAAAAAGUGGGCCGUGGAGCGCACCCGGACUAUCCAGGGCCUGUGUGACUUCAUCAAGAAAUUCCUGAAGCUGAUGGCAUCUGAGCAGCUGUUCAUAUAUGUAAACCAAUCCUUCGCUCCGUCUCCAGACCAGGAAGUUGGGACCCUCUAUGAGUGUUUUGGAAGUGAUGGCAAGCUUGUACUACAUUAUUGCAAAACCCAGGCGUGGGGAUGAAUCACAAGCAAUAGAGUUGCUAAGGUGUGAUCUUCAAAACUGAUGGACUGACUUUCUGGAACCCAACACACAGAAGAAAGAAUUUGAGGAUUUCUGCUUGACUGUACACUUAGAAAAAGUGAUACAUUUGAAUAGCAUGAAGGAAGAGCUACUGAAGCUGUCCAAUUGCAUAGCUUUUCACUAAUGUUCAUUUUGGGUCCAGGAA